AGAAUCAAAUUAGCACAUUUUUAAGAUGGAAAAUGGGGAAGGCAGUCAUUGUUUUUAUACUUGGGGCAUUUUUCUCAAGAUAUGUGAUAACAACAACUGUACGUCUAAUUGGAGGUCAUCAUAGCUGGGAAGGAACAGUUGAAAUCUAUUACAGUGCCCCCUACUAUUCAUAUGGUACUUUAUGCGAUUAUAACUUCAACCACAAUGCCGCAAAGGUUAUUUGCAGAAUGCUGGGUUAUGAAUAUGAAAAUGCACUCGCCGUCCCGGGGUCAUAUUUUGGUCGAAGAAGUGGAAACAUAUGGGCAGAAAGAUUUUACUGUAACGGCAAUGAAGCAGACAUAACAUAUUGCAGUUCCUUUCAUUGGAAUUAUCAUUACUAUUCUCAGUGCACACAUGCUCGGGAUGCUGGCGUCAUAUGCAAUAAUAUAUACCAUCGCCUUAUUGGCGGAAGUGGGAACUUCGAGGGUGUUGUAGAUUUGAACCAUAAUGGAAACUGGGGCACAUUUUGUGGAAGACGAAGCUUUACGGACAAAGAUGCGAAAGUUGUUUGUAAAAUGUCAGGAUUUUCAUCUGGCGUUGCUGUUAAAGGAUCUGUCUAUGGACAUUUAAACUACGGAACAAUUUGGUCGGGUAAUUUAGGUUGUAACGGGAAUGAAACUGACGUAAGAUACUGUAGUGGAUAUUCUACAGCUUUCCGAAGUACAACUGCAUGUAAUCACAGCGAGAAUGUCGGAGUAAUAUGUGAGCACACAUCCAUCAGGCUUGUUGGUGGGUCUGUUCCAUCCGAAGGACGGGUAGAAAUUCUGCAUAACAAUGUUUGGGGGUCAGUUUGCGGAAAACACUUCACGAGUAAGGAUGCAGAUGUGAUUUGCCACAUGGCAGGCUAUAACAGCAGCGCAUUGACAAUACAAAGAAAUGUGACAGGGGGGACUGGACCUGUUUGGCUGGAGUCUCUCAACUGCACGGGUAAAGAAGCAGAUAUUCAGUUUUGUCAUCAUGGAAGUUGGGAUAAUCAUACUUGUGACCAUACUAACGAUAUUUCUGUCAAAUGCAAAGCUACGGAGAUUCGCCUUUAUGGUGGUUCGGGAAGUUGGGAUGGAUCAUUACAGAUUAAAAUGGAAGGAUCGUGGAAAACUGUCUGCGAUCGAAACUUUGCACAGAGCGAAGCACGAGUUGUUUGUAAUAUGCUGGGAUAUAAUGCAACAGAUGUCAAGCCUUACAUUUACAAGUCAAACUACUUUGGAGACAACACGAGUGGGGUUAUAGACAGUAUCAAAUGCAAGGGGAACGAAAGCGACAUCAGCCAGUGCGUGUCCUCUUUCCAAUCAUCCUGUUCAUCCACAUAUGCCAUUGGAUUAAAAUGUGUGGGUGUGGAGGUCCGUCUUGCUGAUGGUCCGCACGAAGGUGAAGGCCGCUUAGAAGUACUACAUAACGGACAAUGGGGUACAGUGUGUGACUCUGACUGGGACGAUAACGAUGCGACUGUUGUGUGCAAAAUGCUUUCGUCAUAUCCAUUUGAGAGCAAUGUAAAGGGGAAAGCUGUAUCUGGAUCUUACUUCGGAAGAGGGACUGGACACGUCUGGCUAUCAGAUGUGAACUGUCAAGGACAUGAACCGGACAUUACUAACUGUUCUUUAGCCUGGUCAAUGGGAGUUAACUGUGACCAUUCGAAUGAUGCUGGAGUUGUCUGCAGUUACCCGUACCAGAAACGUCUGUCCAAUGGACGAUCACAAUCUCAAGGCCGUGUGGAAUUCCUCCAGUCUGGAACAUGGUAUUCGUAUUGCGAUGACGGCUGGAAUAUCAGUGAUGCUAAAGUCAUAUGUAGAGAGAUUGGAUAUUGGAGUACGAACCCAGCUGUCAGCUAUAAUUCUACAUAUGGAAAUGGCAGAUCUAACUAUGUAGUUCGGCCCCAAUGUAAUGGUAGUGAGGGAAGUUUUGAGAUGUGUAGAAUGGAUAAGUUGUUUAAAAGUUCCACCUGCUCAGCUUCAAACAGUGUGGGUGUGGAAUGCCAGCCGGUAGCUGCCACAACAACAAAUGUUCGUAUUGUUGAUGGUCCAGGACCAUGGUAUGGUAGACUUGAAAUUAAGUCCAACAGUGUUUGGGGAAGUGUGUGUCAUGAUUCCUGGGAUGUCACUAAUGCACUCAGAGCAUGUGAAUCGAUGGGUUACAAAUACUUGAGUUCAGACGUAUCAAGUUUUGAGAUAGAACGCGGUCUAUCGCCCAUGCACAGUAAGUCGGUGACAUGUAACCCAUCCGAUUUAAACAUUGGACUCUGCAAGCUAGACUUCAAUAUCAGUGACUGUGCAAACCGAAAUUCAAAGGCUGUGGGACUUGACUGUUCAGGUGGUAUCAAUGUGACACUGUCAAACACAUACACUGGUGAGGUAAUUUUUCAUACAAUGGAGAAUGGUACGAUGAAGCAAUGGUCGGUGUGUUACAACGCGGUAGAUAGCAAUGCUGCAAAAGCAAUUUGCUCAAUGAUUGGAUAUCAGAAUACAUCUCCAAAUAGGUCUGCAGUAUCUUCCAGCAAUCCUGUAUUGUUUACGAAUUUAUCUUGUGCGGGUUGGGAGUCACAUGUGAUGCAAUGUGACACGUUGCGUACUGGACCGUCGUGUGGACAAAAAGCUGCUGUGAAUUGCUUCGGUUGUGUAAGGACUUUCAAUACAGCCACUGGUAGUGUUCAGUCACGUGGUUAUCCGAACUAUCCGUCGAAUACAGACUGUCUUAUAGUCAUCAACAAACAAUCUGAUACACCACUGAAGCUGGAUUUUCACGACCUAGAUCUUGCCGGUGACGGCGAUUUUGUUGAGAUAAAGAAUGGCAGAGGAAAGCAAUUGGGAUAUUUUACCACGAAUGUUGAUGUUCCAUACUUGGUUUCCAAAGACGGAUUUUAUAUACGACUGAAUUCAAACAAUGCCGAUAAUGGGAGAGGAUUUAAUAUGUCCUGGAGUCCACUGGUAAUAACUGACGCCGUUCACAUGGGAUGUGCGUCCAAGGGUUGGAACGUCUCAGUAAAUGCGACCAUCCUCCGCCACCUAUACCCUGACACAGGGGUGUCACAGAUCAAACUCGCUGAACAGUUCUGUACCGGAGAGGUUUUUGGUGAUCUUGUCGUGUUCCAGCAAAGCUAUACCAAAUGUUCUACAACAUCUAAGACAAGCAAUGAAACAUUGGAGUAUAACAACAAGCUAGUGUAUCCAGAGUCGAGGACCCCGUUUCCUAUCAUAGUUCGUGGAUAUCGAUGGAAGUGGAAAUCCCUUGAAACCCGUCGACGAGAGGCACGUCUGUGUAUGCUAUAUAAGAUACAUCAUGAUAUAGUAGCAAUUGAUAAAACUGAUACACUUGUGAUAUUCGCGAAUAAACAUCAAUCCAGAACCGGACAUUUUUAUCAAGUUCCAUCGUGUAGGUGUGACUACAGGAAGGAGUCGUUUCUUCCAAGAACAGUACGUGAUUGGAACACAUUACCUCCAGACAUUGUGUCGGUAGGGUCACUUGAGGCUUUCAAGUCUCAGGUGGCACAACUCUUUAUCUAG